UUAAUAGCCUUGUUAUUAUUCUCUCUUACAUUUGGCUCGAGAGCCUCAUCUCCGUACUCGGCGUCUUGUUGAUCUCUACCACCAACAACAAAGCUGCAACAAAGCUGCCUUACUCAUAGCGACAAUGAACAAUCUUAGGGUUUUCUUCUUCGCUCUCCUCCUGCUCGCUUCUCCUCUCCUUGAAGUGACUAGGUGUCAGUCAGAUUCUGAAGAGGAAGUCACAGAGGCUGCUGAAGAAGUCAGUGACCUUGGGAUUGUUGGCGAGGAUGCCCAAUAUUUUGGUGAUGGGAGUUUUAGCCCUGCUCCUGGAGUUGAUACAGUCUGUGUUUUCCCCAAAAACAGUGCACGGUUGGUGCCAGCUGGUGAAGAUGCUGAACUACUUGUUGGACUCAAGAAUGACGGGGAGUCAAGCAUAAAUGUCAUUGCUAUUAAGGCUAGUGUUCAUCUUCCUUUUGAUCAUCGUCUGCUGGUUCAAAAUCUCACUGCUCAGGCCUUCAGCAAUGCAACUGUUCCUGCCUCAACACAGGCAUCUUUCCCGUACAUCUUUGCUGUCAGCAAGUACUUGCAGCCUGGAAGCUUUGAUAUCGUGGGCACCAUAUACUAUGAGAUUGAUCAGCAUCCAUACCAGAGCACCUUCUACAAUGGUACCAUUGAAGUUGUCGAGUCUGGUGGCUUCCUCAGCAUUGAGUCAGUUUUUCUGGUUACGCUUGGAAUUGCACUUCUUGUGCUUCUUGGUCUUUGGAUUCAUGGUCAAAUACAGAACCUUUCUAAGAAAACAAAGAGGGCUCCAAAGGUGGAAGUUGGAACUGGUACUAGGGAUGCCUCAAUGGAUGAAUGGCUUCAGGGAACUGCAUACACUCAGUCAUUAUCCAGCAAAUCAAAGAAAAAGAAGUAGAUAUGUUGGUGGCCUACUUAGCUGCACAAAGGGCACUGCACAGACUUGUAACUCCCGCUUAGGCAAUUGGAGGUUCUAAGAGAGCUCAUAAGUUUGAUCUAGUUACUGAAAUUUAGUCCAGGGAAUGUUUGGCUGUUGUAGCAUGUGAAUGAAAAUUUUCUUACAUUUUAAAUUUUUUUUAAACGAGAAUUUUGGAAGUUGAGCCUUGUUGAGGAUGACUAACUCCCAUUUGAGGUAGGAAGAAGGAUAUGAUUUUCUUGAACUCAGAUUAAUUUUUUAUUUCA